GGGAUCAGCAGGUUGAGUGUAGAGUGUCACUUCCUGUAAAUGCAGAGAGAGGCAGUGCUGAGUUAAAGACACACAAACAGACACAUUACAGCAAAAUAGCGAGGGAAGAGAGAGGCAGAUAAUCUGAGUUUCAGCCGCUUCUCUGAUUUUCAAACAUUGAUCAUGAAUAUAUCGAGAAGAUCCGAUUGAAUCUGUCGCUCGUGUGUGUAAAGGAGUCAAACCGAAACCUUUUUUUCCCCGUGGCGCACGGAUUUCUCGCCCUAUUUAUCAGCCCGAUACACUUCAAAUCAUCAUUACAGGAGAUAUUUGAGAUAUUAUUAUUAUUUACUGUGUAUUUGGGGAGAGAGAGGCUUUUGAACAUGGGAUGUUUGGGUAACAGCAAGACAGAAGAUCAGCGCAUCGACGAGAAGGCGCAACGAGAGGCGAAUAAAAAGAUCGAGAAACAGUUACAGAAAGAGAGACAGGCGUAUAAAGCCACACACCGCCUGCUCUUAUUAGGCGCUGGGGAAUCCGGUAAGAGCACUAUAGUGAAACAGAUGCGGAUCCUGCACGUCAACGGCUUUAACGCAGAAGAAAAGAAGCAAAAAAUAUUGGAUAUUCGGAAAAAUGUGAAGGACGCAAUUGUGACGAUAGUAUCUGCUAUGAGCACCUUAACGCCCCCUGUGUCAAUCGCCAACCCGUCCAAUCAGCCUAGAGCUGAGUACAUCAAAAGUAUAGCUCCACUCUCAGAUUUUGACUACACAGAGGAGUUUUUUGAGCAUGCAAAGAAUCUGUGGGAUGAUGAGGGGGUGAAGGCCUGUUUCGAGCGCUCAAACGAGUAUCAGCUCAUUGACUGUGCACAGUACUUCCUGGACAGAAUUGAGUCUGUACGACAGGGUGACUAUACACCAACAGACCAGGAUUUGCUGAGGUGCCGUGUUUUGACUUCAGGGAUUUUUGAAACUCGAUUUCAAGUAGACAAAGUCAACUUUCAUAUGUUUGAUGUGGGUGGUCAGAGAGAUGAAAGAAGGAAAUGGAUUCAGUGCUUUAAUGAUGUGACCGCCAUCAUCUUUGUGGCAGCCAGUAGCAGUUAUAACAUGGUCAUAAGGGAAGACAACAGCACUAACCGGCUGCGCGAGUCUCUUGAUCUGUUCCGCAGCAUCUGGACUAACAGGUUUUUAAGGACCAUCUCAGUGAUCUUAUUUCUGAACAAACAGGACAUGCUGGCAGAAAAGAUCCUGGCAGGAAAAUCCAAACUUGAAGAUUAUUUCCCAGAGUAUGCUCGCUACACUCUUCCUCCUGAAGCGACCCCUGAUCCCGGAGAAGACCCAAAAGUGUCCAGGGCAAAGUUUUUUAUCCGAGAUGAAUUCUUGAAAAUCAGCACAGCAAGCGGCACAGACAAACACUACUGCUAUCCUCACUUCACCUGUGCCGUGGACACAGAAAACAUCCGUCGUGUAUUCAAUGACUGUCGUGACAUUAUUCAGAGGAUGCACCUCCGCCAAUAUGAACUCUUGUGAUUGGCUGCCUGGAUCGGUCGCUCCUCCAAUCAACAAUUAUCCAGUCCCACAUCACAUGGUGGGGUCUUUAAGAACUACUGAAGAGUGACAAUGUUGUGGGGGUUUUUUUCUGCUUUUCACUUGUUUGCUUUCCUUUUUAAUAUAUAUAUAUAUAUAUAUAUAUAUAUAUUUCUGAAGUGAGAGGGGAAAUGAUGUGUGUUUAUAAGAUGAAAUUAUUUCUAUUUUACUUUGUACCACUCCCAGGUCAUUUCUUUCUUUAUAUAUUUUUUUGUUGUAUUUCAGCAUUGGCUGGCUUUAGAUGAGGUUAGAUUAGAAGAUUAGAUGUGGUUAGACCAGCGGGCAUAAUGGUAACCUGUGACCUGUGUAAGGAUGGUCUGACCUUUGACCUUUCCCCUGCAUCUAAUGAAGGGGACAUUGGAGUACUUGACAUAGGAGUGAAGGGGUACAUGAAGGGUUUAAUGAAGCACUUUGCAUCAGUUGUUUCCUAAAUGAAAGCCAGGAUGCAAAAUUCACAAUGUAGCACCUCUGUAUUUAUCCAUUUUUUUUAUUUUUUUUUCACUGUUUUAGUUUAGUUUUUAAAUUGCCUUUUUGCUUUUUUUCUGCAAAGCAUGCAGAAAGGACUUCAGGGCUAGAUAGGAGUUUGUAACCAACUACAGAGCACAGAGCAGGAGCAGGGCCUUGUGGGAUUUGUCAUACUCUGCAUUUUUUUCCUCAGUGGGCGCCAUCGGCAAUCCAUCUUUGGAGAACCGUCACCGCCAACCGAUGCCUCCUUUAGUAUGGGCAGGCCUUAUUUGGGAGGUAGUUCUAAAUAUUGAUAUAAAGAAGAACACAAUAUAUUUUUAAGGGUUUUGUUUUGUUAUUCUAAAGAAUGUGCAAGGUCGCUCGAUCUUGUACAGGACUGCAAAAUGUUAUUUUGUAUAACUUCAACAAGAAAGACAAAACUUUGACUUGUAGAAGCUCUUUGUGCCUUUGAAUAUGGCUGUACCUCAAAAUGAAGAUAAAUUAUUUGUGAUUGGACAGCGGUGUACAGCUUGAUGUCAAAUCUUACAUGCAGCACAGCUUGCUGAUGGGAAAUCGCUCUGUAGACUGAUUUUUUUUUUCUGGUUUAUAAAGCUAUUUAAAAUGUCUUUUACUAUAAAAUUAAGAAAAAUUAGGCAAAAAAUCUUGGUAUACAAUAUGCAAAAUUAACCACUUUGUUUAGAAACUGCAAAUACAGUAUGUCUUACAGUUCUUUGAAUUUCUGUUUUUGUCGGACGGACUCAGCUUCAAAAAACUUUGGAAAGAUAUCCAAAAUUUUGACGUUCUGUUGUUUCAGGUAGGGUGCAUUUUUAGAAGUGGCAUAUAUGCAGACUGUACGCGGGGUCGUGCUGGUGAAAGUGUGUAGAUAUGUGAGAUUGUAUGCGUGUGUGCAUACAUUUGCAGAUAUGCCAAGCUGUACUGUACAUGUGCAUUCUAUGUGUACAUAUACAUUUAUAAAAACAUGAAAAUACAUAUUCUAUAAAUAUGUAUGUACAAUUAUUCAUAAUAAUAUGUGUGCCUAAAUGUAUACAUAUUUAUGAAUGUUUAGCAAGGUUGUAUGCAUAGCUAUGCAUAUACAAAUGCAUAAUAUUGAAGGAAUGAGGAAGUAAGACUAGUGAUAUAUAUAUAUAUAUAUAUAUAUAUAUAUAAAAUCACUAGUCUGGCCGUCCUGAGCGUGUACUGACUGCGCUGGCAUUGUGAAUGUGAGCACUAAUAGUGUGUCUCACAGCUCAAGUGUGUCCAUAUGUCUCUCUCACUCACCAGUGGGGCAGUUAUCAUAAGUCAAAGGAAUAGUGCAAUGCAAUGGGUUUUUUUUAAGCGUUUGUACAGAAAUAACUUCAUGAAAAAUCAUUUGUGUGUUCAAAAGAUAAACCGCAUGCAGAUUCUAACAGCUUGAGUUUGAGUAAAUAAAAUUUUCAGGAGAAAUAAUCCUUUAAUACAUGAGUGGCUGACUUAAAUUUAAUACAUACACACUUAAGUCCAUGCACAAUGCCACAUAAACUGUUAACUGUUUUGGAUCCCUGACUCUACUCUACUUCUCAACUGGUGAAGUGCAGGGACAGUGUGUGAUGUGACUUAGGCUGUGAGUGGCUGUAACACUGGUAGAAAGGCUUUAUUCUCCUUACUAUCCUCUGCAGCUUUUAUGGUUCAUGGUCAAACUUACUUCAGAAACUAAAAAUACAAGUGACAAUGAAGAAAAAUAAUUUAUUGUUUCUUUCUCGUUUUGUAACAUUUAUUUUAAUAAUGAGGCACAUUAGAAGACCUUGGUCUAUGUUUAGAAUGGCAAUGUGGGAAGAAAUGUAAUUUUGCAAAUAAAAUACCUCUAAAAAAAUGUGAGUUUGCCUUAGAGUUAUGUUUUAUAAUCACAACUUGAAAAGUGGGUUGCUGCUAAAAUUUCUUAUUUCCAAAUUUCUUUUUUUUUUUUUUUCAUUUGCGAAUACUGAACCACUUUUUCAAAACUCUUCUUCCAGUCUGCAAUACCAACAUAAAUCUUAACCAAACAGUUAAUCUCACUUCCAAAACUCAAAAAAUAAAAGUUUGGUAUGUAAUGGUGGUUUGAGUUUAAAUGAGUUUUU